UUUCUUCCGUUUUGUCAAUUUCAAGCUCUCUCAAACCCUAUCUCCUUGUCUCUUGCUCCGCCUCCACUGAGCGCUCUCGGCUCUGGUCUUCGCCUGCUGGGGCUCCACAGGACCUCUGCUCGUCCCCUGCUCGGUCGUCUCCGAAUCGUCUCCUUCCUGAUCCGGCUCUGGUCAUCUUCAGCUACAGCUCGUGCUCGUCUCCUGGUCCGAAAGGCUCUGCUCGUUUGAGAGCCUCUUGUUCGGGCUCCUUCUUUGCUCGUCUCCUGGUCCGCUGCUCCGGCUCCUUGAUAAGAACUGAGCUCACGAAGAACCGAGCAACCGAACCUCACAGGACUCGAGUUCUCUCUGGCUGGUGGUUGGUCCCUUCCUCCGCUCCCGAGCUGGUUAAUUAGUUGCUCAUUUUGCAUCUGCAUUCUUCAGCUGAUUCCACAGAGAGGGACAGAACGAGAGAGAGGGAGAGGGAGGGAGAAGCAAUGGCGGCAAAAGCUGUAGACUUUCUGAUCACCGGCUUUGCUGUACCACCGAACUCGUCGAAACUCCGGCAUUUCAGAGUCAGUUGCUCGGUCCCCGUGUCCUCCGGCGCUUCCACAGGAGUCGCUGAAAGGCCUUGGAAGGUGGCUGACGCGAGAUUGGUUCUUCAAGAUGGCUCGAUUUGGAAGGCCAAGUCGUUUGGUGCUUCUGGGACACAAGUCGGUGAAGUUGUAUUCAAUACUUCUUUGACUGGGUACCAGGAAAUUCUCACUGACCCUAGUUAUGCUGGGCAGUUUGUCCUGAUGACGAAUCCACAUAUUGGGAACACCGGAGUUAAUUUUGAUGAUGAAGAGUCGAGGCAGUGCUUUCUGGCUGGCCUUGUUAUCAGAAGUUUAAGUAUAAGUACAUCAAAUUGGAGAUGCACAAAAACACUUGGUGAUUAUUUAGCAGAGAGGAACAUUAUGGGAAUAUAUGAUGUAGACACCCGAGCAAUUACUCGUCGUUUAAGAGAGGAUGGAAGUCUCAUUGGUGUGUUAAGCACAGAGCAGUCAAAGACAGACAAAGAACUUCUUGAAAUGUCUCGCACCUGGGACAUUGUGGGUGUUGAUUUGAUAAGUGGUGUUUCGUGCAAAACUCCUUACGAGUGGAUUGAUAGGACAGAUUCCGAAUGGGGCUUCAACUCCAACGGUAGAGGUGGAGAGAGCUUCAGGGUUGUUGCUUAUGAUUUUGGGAUCAAGCAAAACAUACUGAGGCGCUUGGCAUCAUAUGGAUGUAAAAUUACUGUUGUCCCUUCGACGUGGCCUGCAUCAGAAACCCUCAAGAUGAACCCAGAUGGAGUUCUUUUUAGCAAUGGCCCGGGAGACCCAUCUGCAGUUCCUUAUGCUGUCGAGGCAGUUAAGGAAACAAUAGGGAAGGUUCCCGUUUUUGGGAUCUGCAUGGGUCACCAGUUGCUAGGGCAAGCAUUAGGCGGUAAAACCUUUAAGAUGAAAUUUGGUCAUCACGGAGGCAACCACCCUGUUCGGAAUCUUCGCAAUGGCCGUGUUGAGAUUAGUGCUCAGAAUCACAACUAUGCCGUGGACCCGGCGUCGUUGCCUGAGGGUGUGGAGGUGACUCACAUAAAUCUCAAUGAUGGAAGCUGUGCGGGCCUCGCCUUCCCUUCAAUGAACAUCAUGACCCUCCAGUAUCAUCCAGAGGCAUCCCCCGGACCCCAUGACUCGGAUUCCGUCUUUGGGGAAUUCAUAGAACUAAUGAGACAAGCUAAAAGAAGUGCUUGAGCGAGACAUGAGCUUCUGAAUUUAAUCAUUAGCUAUAUGGACGAAUCAACCAAUUGAUCAAAGAUGGAUGGAUGCCUAUCAGAGAACCAGUUUGGGCUAUUGCAUCAUGAAGUUGGCGUUGAUUUAUCGCAGUUUUGUUCGGAGAAUGCGUAGCAGCCUUUAAUCAUUCAUGUAGAUUGGGCAUCAAGAGAAGAGACCCAUUUGUAAUGCGAGUUCUUUUUUCAUAGCUCGUUUGGUAUGUGAUUACUGCGUAGCUUAAAUUUGUAUGGUUAGUAUGUGUUGUUAACGGUGUUUGACUAAUGAAGGCAUUAGUAUUUGCUUUAGCA